CGACGAGUCACACGCCGGAAAGGGAGGCCUGGGUGAGGCUGAUCCAAGCCACCGCUCGUCACCUCUCAGCCUCAUAAGGUGAAGAUUUACCCGCCACAUUGUCUCCCUCGCAAGGCGGACGCAAGUGCACCCGAAGAAUUGCCUGCAAGAUCCCUCGCAAAGGCGCAGGUAGCCAACACACACAGGAGAUCGGCGUGGCGUGGUAUGUAUUUUGUUCUCUUCAUGCAGUGAUCGCCAGCUUUUCAUCUGAUCGAAGACGAUGCCGCUUCGACUCGACUGCAAGAAGCUUCUCAGGUACAUUCUCCCUGCCGGAAGACAGCGGCAAGCACUGUAGCAUGCGCACACUUUUGUGCCUGGGCCUCUUUGCAGUGCGCGGAGUGACCGUGUCAAGUCUGUCGAUUUCCACAGUUCAGAGCCGUGGGUGUUGGCCGCCCUCUAUUCCGGCAACAUUUUCAUAUGGGACUACAACUCUCAGGUACGCACAGGUUCUGCGCCAACUUACUUGCACUUACUGCGUGUUUGUAUAUAUACUCCUCGCAGACGUUGGUCAAGAGCAUAGAGGUGUCGAACCUACCCAUACGCUGUGCGAAGUUCAUCACUAGAAAGCAAUGGAUUGUCACCGGCUGUGAUGACAUGAACAUCCGAACAUACAACUACAACACACUCGAGAAAGUGAAGGUAGCGAGCUGAGAAGGACCCUGCCGGGCAGUCGCGAUAGUCUAAGCUGUGUCCCACCUGCUGCUUCUCUUUCUCUAGGUUCUCGAAGCCCACACUGACUACAUUCGCUUCCUCGCCGUCCACCCGUCCCUGCCAUACGUCCUGUCAGGCAAGUGAAAAAUGCCGCAUCUGUGUACAGGGCUUCCCUUGGCCUUCUCUGCAAUUUUUCGCAUCUUUAUGUGUGUACUCCCAGCGUCUGACGACAUGACGGUUAAGAUGUGGGAUUGGGAGAAGAAUUGGACGGCUGUCCAGACCUUUGAAUCUCACGCGCACUAUGUGGUAAGACAACCACGAGUGGACCCGACCCGUCCACCUGGACGGACGUGGACGGAUGCGAGAUGUUCGUUGCGGUUCAUGCUCAGAUGAUGGUCCAAUGGAAUCCCAAGGUGAUGCUGCUCACCUGACUUACACUUUUUGUUAGGCGCACGUCCGUGCAUGUCAUGCACUGCAGGACACGUCUAUCUUUGCCAGUGCCAGCCUUGAUAGAUCCAUCAAGGUGUGGGGCAUUACGACGAGUGCCGGCUCAGCCCCGACAAGCGGCUCAUCCCCAACACUGUCCAUCAGCCCCACUGGGACUAGCAGUACGACAAUAUGCGUAACUCACCCUUUCUUCACGCUCCUGGGCCAUGAAAGGGGCGUUAACUCAGUUGAAUACUCACCUAGGUGAAUAAAGAGGCUUGGCACGCAGGGAGCCGGUCAAAGUGGCCGGCGCGUUCUUGGUGUAUCGUUUCCUUUAGCGGUGACAAGCCAUACAUCAUCAGCGGAUCAGAUGACAGGACCGUGAGAUAAAAGCAAACACUCCUUCCGAACUUGGUGCGAACUCAGCGAUAUCUGAUGUACUCGUGCGGUUCCAUGUAGGUAAGGGUUUGGGACUACCAAACCAAGCAGUGCAUCCAGGUAACAAUGAAAGAGGAAAGAAGGCAGGGAUUCAGUCAAUGUCUAAUUGAGAAGAGCCGCGCUUUUGUGCGGAUGCAGGUGCUGACUGGCCAUAGCAACAAUGUGUCCGCAGCCGUGUUCCAUCCAAACCUGCCGAUCAUCAUUUCCGGUACGCCAUAACUGAACAGAACUGCGCCGUAAGCCUCUGUGUGGAUUUUUUCUAGGAUCGGAAGACGGCAGCGUGCGGAUUUGGCACUCAAGCACCUAUCGGCUGGUAAGAGUGCAAAGAAAUAUGGCGGAAUGGUAAAUGACAUUACGGUCGUGACUCACUCAGGAGACAAGCCUCAACUAUAUGAUGGAGGUGACUAAACUCUCGCGGGCGAAAACUAAUCAUAGUCCUGUCUUCGGCACGUUUUCCUACGCAGCGGCUUUGGUCGAUUGGAGUCUCGAAGGGCAGCAAUUCUGUCGCGCUGGGUUACGAUGAGGGGACCAUUGUGAUCAAACUCGGCAGCGAAACACCGCUCGCUUCGAUGACGACGGUAACAUCCGAAUGUUGACGAUGGUAGAGUCUAUUUGGCUCGCUUGUCUCCCCUGUGUCUGUGUAGGGAGGGAAGAUUGUCUGGGCGAAGGGGAGCGACAUUCAAACGGCAAACCUGAAACUCGUCGACGAAGUGUCAUCCUCGGACGGCGAGCGACUGCCUUUGGCUGUGAAAGACAUGGGGUGAGACAUGAAAAUCGUCACCUCGCGUUCUUGACGUGGUUCUGUGUCGGUGCAGGUCCUGCGAGCUCUUUCCGCAGUCGCUCGGUAGGACCGCAAAAUGUCAGCAUACCUCCUCACUGUUCCCUUUCCUCACCUGUUUUGUAGCCCACGCGCCGAACGGCCGGCUCUUCGCAGUCUGCGGCGACGGGGAAUAUAUCAUCUACACUGCACAGGCACGUCAAGCAUUGACCUUCUGCUGAUCGCAAACUGGCAAUGGGAUAUGCAUAUGUUCAUUUCACCUCGCUCUUCUCCUGAUAGGCGUUGCGCAACAAGAGCUUUGGAUCUGCUGUUGAGUUUGUAUGGUCUGGUGAGUCGAGCAGUGGGACCUGUGAUUAAGAAACGUCUUGUAUCCGUCGCAUAUUUUUGCAGACGAAGGUCAUUUCGCGACGAAGGACUCCUCCAACAAGGUACGUGUGCAGUUUUCGUCACGGCUGAUGUGAUAUUCUCUCGGCCUCUCUGCUUUUACAUCAGAUAAGCAUCUUUCACAACUUCAAGGUUGGCAGAAGACAAGAGUGAAAAAGACGCCAAAUACUGUGCUCGCUUGUUUCUCCUCAGGAGGUGUUCUCUUUCAAGCCCCCUUUCCACGCCGAAGAGCUUUUCGGAGGACGGCUGCUCGGUGUACGUUCAAGCGAUUUCAUUUGCUUUUUCGACAUGAACACCGACUUCAGGUGUGCUAAACCCAACUGCCCUCAUGGCACCACUUGAUGGUUCAUUCGUUACAGGCUGAUCCGUCGGAUUGACGUCGUUCCACGUCUGGUUUUGUGGUCGGAGAAUGGAGACCAGGUCGCGCUUUGCUGUGCCGAUGCGUUCUACAUACUCAAGUAACUGUGAAGCAACUAUCGUACGUCAGCACUGGCCGGACUUCCUUUUUUCCCUCCAGGCAUGAUAAAGAUGCGAUCAGUGCAGCUAUUGCAGGACACGCCCAACAGGUGACAAAAAGGCAAAGGAUCGUAAACAGUUGGAAAAAUGCAGCCUUGUCCCGGCCAGGAAGAAGACGGAUAUGAAGCGGCCUUCGAGCUGAUUCAAGAGGUCUCCUACCCGGUUCACACGGUUUUUGCGCAGACAAGAGUAUUCGUUUUCGUUGUUCAAACAGGUGUCCGAGAAAGUGGAUAGCGGGUUGUUCGUUUCGGACUGCUUCGUAAGCCACCCACGGCCGAUUGGUCCGCAGACGAUACAAUGAAACCGCGCAAUUGCUUGUUUGUCCGCACAGGUUUAUGUAGCCAACAUGCGUCUCCAGUGCUCCGUGGCUGGGCAAAUCGAAACCCUCGCCCAUCUGGAUCGCCCGAUGUAUAUCAUUGGCUACAUGCCCGAGCACAACAAGUAUGAAAGAAAUUGAACGCCCCAGGUCAUUUCUGGCUCAUUGUGAUGUUUGAUGAAGGAUUUUUCUCAUCGAUCGCGAGCUAUCAGUUGUCUCGUACAUGCUCCACGUCGCACUGAUCGAAUACCAGGCGAGGACACACCUGUCGGAACUGGUACACACGGAACGCGUGAUUUCUGUCUGCGGUUCAGACGGCGAUUUGUCGGAAGGAUUUUGAUAGCGGGCAAAGGUUUUUCGAGCAGAUCCCGGAAAGCCUGCACAACCGAGUAAGGAUCAUGAGAGAGAUUCCAAUCUGCAAAAAACCGAUGCAUAACGCCUGCUGUAGGUGGCACGUUUCCUUGAACACCAAGGUCACAAGGACCAAGCUCUUAGCAUUACGAAGGACCUGGAUCAUCAGUUUGAUCUCGCUCUGUCGCUAUCUCGCCUGGAACAGGUGCUGUCUUGCUGCUUUUACGUUUUGGGAUGCUUUUGUUUACGCCACCGUUGUUGUUACAGUGUGCACAGAUAAUCAAGACCAUGGCCAGCGAUCUUUCGACUGCACCGGCCACUGUUUCUGUGCGGUGGCGGCAACUUGGUAAUCGCGACGUGAUCGAGCACGAGACCCCGUGUGCUCGUACACUGUCCAGCCCAUGUUAUUCAGGCGACACAGCUUUGGAGCAAGGCAAUUUCACCCUAGCGCUCGCGUGUUUCAAGGAAGCUCGCGAUUUCAGCGGGCUUCUGCUCAUGUACUCGGCAUCAGGAGACGAACAUGGUCUGAGGCAGCUGGCGGAGGAAGCGCUGGCCCUGCCGGACAAGCGCAACAACGUGGCCUUGCUCUGCUACUUGCUCUUGAGGGACACCGAGCGCACGCUAGAGGUAGGCGAGACAGGUGCCUUGUGCUGAUCAUGCUGUUGAAAUCAUCGUUGCCAGGUGCUCAUCAACGCGGGUCGGCUGCCUGAAGCGGCGUUCUUUGCUAGGACAUACUGUCCAUCGCAAGUCGGAAAGCUUGUGCAGCUGUGGAAGCAGGAUCUAAACCGCGUGAACAAAUCUCUGGCCGAUUCCCUUGCUGACCCGAGCGAGUACGAAGACCUCUUCCCGAGCUUCUCGAUUGCUAGAGAGGUCGAGAACCCACGAAACAUCACCUGAAUGCCCAAGAUCACCUGAAUGCCCAAGUUGCUUUACUUUGUCGCUUUCUUUGCAGGCUGAAAGCAUCUUUGCCGCGCAACGAUUGCCUGUGGCAGCGUCCUAUUCACGCGUCAAGGAUCUGUUGGAGGUCGACAUUCUCAAUGAAAUGCAAACCCAAGGCCGCGCACAUGUAAUUCGGCAACUGUACGGUAGCUGACUGAGAAGCAUCUUCUUUUCUUCGUGUGAAUACGUAGGUCGAGCGGCUGUACAGAGAAGGCGGACCAGUCGACUCGCAGGACGCUCGAGCACCAUUGCAGAACGGGAUCUUCGACCAGCCCAUACACGGCGAUAGUCCAACCGAACGCGAGCCCGAAAGUGAGCGACACUGGAAUAAGACGAAAAGCCGGUCAAAAAAUUCAAUUCGCGCAUCACCUUGUUAACAGCUGACACCAUGCUGGAACAAACAGUCCUGGGCGUGACGGCAGCAGCGCCACCCGAAUCGCAGAGGCAGGAAGCCGCUCCUGAGAGCAUAGUGUUUUCGCCGAGCCCAGAGAUACAGCCACCCAAUGAUCUGUGACUGCCGUUUGUCUUUCUGCGCCAAACAGUGACAAUUCGAGAGUUGCGUGGAUGAAUUGAUGGCCAUAUUAGACUUUCAUUUCCCUUUGCUAAUAUAAGCAAAAGCUUUAUCUUUUCCAGACUGAUGCGGCCCCGACAUCUUU